AUGGAAUAGGGGAGACAAAAGAUUAUGGUUAGGGUUGGGGGUGAAGAUGAAACAUUUAUGUUGAACGACAUUACAGUUAUUAAAUUUACAGGGAAAUAUAUUCUGUGUCAGUGCUGGGAAAGGGAAGCAAACUGCGAAGUCCACGUAUUGAACUCCAUAGGAGGAAUGAUAAUGGAAGCUCGAUGCCAGCACUGGCUCCCCAAGAAGAACAGAUUCUGCGCUAACGCCCCUCUCAACGAUUCCCUGUUCUGUGGGAAUCACAACCAGAGGCCAGACGGCCAGUGGAUUCCAUGCCCAAUCGACCCUUCUCACACUGUACUUCGAGAGAAUCUCAAAGGGCAUCUUAGGAGAUGCCCAUUAACGAAACAAGUUCAGUCCUUGACCCUUCAGCCCUUUUACCAAAAGGGCAUUAAUCGAUGUACAGAUGAAGAAGAUGAAGAAGCAGAAGAAGAGGGGAAAACACCUAACCCUAAUAAACACUCUUCAGGUUUUUUGGAUGGUACUACUUCAGAGAUGAAGAGGAAUGCUGUCUACAGUAUGAGUGUACCUGAAUUUUUCAAAUUGAUUAGUAAAAUUGAGUCCGUUCAUGUAUUAAUAUGUAAGGAUGUUCGGGACUCAUAUAAGAUGCCAAAAGCUUGUGAGAUAUGGAUUAAGAGAGAAGCAGACAGAUUACAUCGGACUGUGCCAUUUCAAGAGAAACAUGUUUUGCAGCAGUGUUCGAUUCUCGGAAAUUUUGAAGAUUUUGGGGUGUUGAAGCAUUCAGUUAGGGAUUUGGGAAGGGACGAACAGUCUAGCAAUGAGGGGGCACAUGGGGAUGACAAUGGCUCCCCUGCAGUGGUCGAGUUUGGAGCUGGGAAGGGGUAUUUGACACAAAUGCUUGCAGAUUGUUACGGGAUCAAUAGAGUCUGGUUAGUUGAGCGCAAGUCAUACAAGCUAAAGGCUGAUCGAAGUCUGCGACAGAAAGAGAACUUGAUAUUAGAGCGUUUGAGAAUUGACAUUGAGGAUUUGAACUUGAAUGCUGUUGAAUCAUUGCGGGGAGUUUCUUACCUGGCAAUUGGUAAACACCUCUGCGGGCCUGCAACAGAUUUGACUCUAAGAUGUUGCCUAAAGGGACAACAGCAUCAUGAUAGUGCUGUACAGUGUAAUGCCAAUCCUUACCUGAUUGGCCUUGCAAUAGCAACAUGCUGCCAUCAUCUUUGCCAAUGGAAACACUACAUUAAUAAAAGAUACUUGACAAAUUUAGGGAUCACCAAGGAAGAUUUUGAUGCGAUUACAUGGUUUACCAGCUGGGCAGUGGAUGCUGACCAUGGCUCAGACCUUCCUGAUGUUUUUGACUGCGGAUUUGAUAUUUCAUCCAUCGAGAAGGAAGAUGGUUGUGGCAAUGCAGGAGGGGUUGAAGAAGCUACGAAGAAUAUGAAGGCAGCAGAAAGGGCAGUUCUGGGGUUUAUGUGCAAGGAGAUCAUCGACAAAGGAAGGUUAAUGUGGAUCAAGGACCGUGGUUUAGAUACCGAGCUUAUAAAGUAUGUUCCGCUGAACAUCUCUCCAGAGAAUCACUUAUUGAUUGCCAGGAAUUCUUUCAAUAUCUGAGAUUUCGAGUUCUUUCUUCUACUUGAGGUUUUAGGAGUGACAUUUUUCUGAAAGUUAUUGUUAGAUGAGGCUUCUUUUUUUCUCCCCAAGUUACUGAUAUGUCUGAGAAUAGCUAUUUUUGGUUGUGGAUAUUGCACAAAAUACAUUAAAUGCUGAUACAAUUAAGAAUAGCCAUCUAUGAUUCUGGACAUUGAACAAGGAAAUUCUUAUUAUUUGUGGCA